AUGACGUCCGAGAACACUGACAUUGUCGACGAGACGCCCAUCUCUCCCGUUCGCUCUCUAGACAGGCGCAACAGUCUGGAGAAGCACCUGCAGCAUCGUCCGGAACCGCAGGAUCUGAAGAACAGGCAUAUCCUGCUAGACACCACUACUGCGCCUGCUCUCCAAGCCAAGGCCCUCGAGCUCGAGCGCCAGCGCGCAACCGACAACCUCAAGAAGGGCCUCAACUCCCGUCCUGAACGCGCCGAGCUCGUCGACCGCAACAUCCUCCCCGCCUCCAACGCUGCGCCUGCUCUACAGGGACACCAGAAGGAACUCGAGAUGCACAUGAAAGCGGAUAGUCUGGAGAAGGGGCUGCAGAGCAGGCCAAGUCCGGAAGAGCUUGUCAAGAAAGGCAUUCUGGAUGCUGACGAAGCCCCUGUUAAGGAUGCUUGA